GGGAUUUUAUUAUUGUGUAAGUAGAGCAAGUAGAGCGUCAAUGACAGUUUAGUUGGGUUAACAAAAUUGAAGUGUUUCCGAACUAAUUUUGGACAGUUUGUUUACCUCAAUUCAAGCGCAUUUUCUAAUCAUUUUGCGAUCGGUCCAAUCGACUAAAUAAGAUUAAACACUGACCAUGUUCGGUACAUCGGGACUGAAUACAAGCUCAACCUUUGGCAAUGUUCAAACGGCUCCCAUCAAUCCGAUGAAAGAUUUCGAAGUUGCUUCGCCGCCGGACGAUACUGUCUCAGCGAUGGAGUUCAGUCCAGCAACGAUUCCACAGAACUAUUUGGUUGCUGGAAGUUGGGACAAUAGCGUGCGGUGCUGGGAGGUCGAACAGACGGGAAAAACUGUACCGAAACAAAUGAAAACUAUGACUGGGCCGGUAUUGGAUGUUUGUUGGGCAGAUGACGGAACCAAAGUAUUCAUUGCAUCGUGUGAUAAGCAAGUCAAUUGCUGGGAUCUAGGCUCUGAUCAAAUGGUACAAGUUGCACAGCAUGAUGCUGCCGUCAAAACAUGCCAUUGGGUAAAAGGUUCCAACUACACAUGCUUAAUGACCGGAUCCUGGGAUAAGACUCUUAAGUUUUGGGACACUCGUUCACCGUCACCAAUGAUGGCCAUAAAUCUACCAGAACGUUGCUAUUGCGCCGACGUUGAUUACCCAAUGGCAAUUGUCGGAACCGCUGGACGAGGAUUGAUUGUGUAUUCCUUGGAGAACAAACCCACCGAAUACAAGCGACAAGAAAGUCCGCUGAAAUACCAACAUCGGACCGUUGCCAUUUUUAAAGAUAAGAAGAAAACGCCAGCAGUGCCGACUGGUUACGCAUUAGGUAGUAUCGAAGGUCGUGUAGCUAUCCAGUAUGUGAAUCCGGUCACAACCAAAGACAAUUUCACAUUCAAAUGUCACAGAGUGAACGGACAGAGUGGUUAUCAAGAUAUUUACGCAGUGAAUGACAUAGCUUUUCAUCCGGUGCACGGAACACUGGCGACUGUUGGCUCGGACGGUACAUUCAGUUUUUGGGAUAAAGAUGCGCGCACGAAGCUUAAAUCAUCGGAAACCAUGGAACAGUCGAUCACGAAGUGUUGCUUCAAUGCAAACGGUCAAAUAUUUGCCUACGCUGUCGGCUAUGAUUGGUCCAAGGGCCAUGAAUAUUACAAUCCGGCGAAGAAAACUUACAUAUUUUUGCGACCAUGCUUCGAUGAACUGAAACCGAGACCGCCAUCAUAAUUGUACCAUCUGACCAUUGCGAGAUUGUCGGUGAGAUUCGUUUCUGUCAUUUUUGGUUGUUCCAAAAGUUUCCAAUUAAAUUAUCACUGCAGUUAAAUGUUGUAUGGAUUGUCAGCUAUCGCUACCGAACGACACGUAUAAAAUAACAAGAAUUUUGAGUAAA